AUGGCCGCCGUCGCGAAUGGCCACACGAACGGCAUCAAUGGUCAUUCAAGCCACGGUCCAUACGAGCGCUUCGCCGACGUGCCCGACAUCAUCGACGUGCCCUUCGAAAACGACCUUGUCAACAUCGACACUACCCAAGAGAUCGAUGACAUUGAAGAGCUGUGCGAUCUGCUAAAGAAUGAGCACGUGGAAUGCAAAUACUGGGUGACAAUCGCUCUGGCAUACGUCAAGCAGGGGCAUGCGGCGAAUGCAAUUGAUAUCCUGAAGAGAGCCGCCGAGGUGAUGCGACAAGCCAGUUCACCAGACCGUCUGAGCAUCCUUCUGUGCUUGGCUUGGAUAUAUGUAUACCAGUCUCGCAGAUCUCCUCGGCCAAAGGCGCAAGAUGAACAGAACAAGGACGAGUGGUUGACCGCUGCGACAACCAUCCUGAAUGAUGCUUCGAAGAUCAACCCAGCGUACCCACCCCUCUACCUCGCCCGAGGGACGGUCAGUCUUCUCCGUGCUGCAUUGAAGCCACAGGAAAGAUCAGAGCUGUUGCGACAAGCAUCAAAGUGCUUCGACGAUGCGUACCGAGCAUCAAACGGCAAGAACAUUCUGGCCAUUCUGGGCAAGGCGAGAGUUCAGUUCUCGUGGGGGAAGUACGCCGAUGCCUAUCAGCUUUAUCAACAAGUCUUGGAGCGUGCUCCAGAUAUGGUUGAUCCAGACCCGCGGAUUGGCAUUGGAGCCUGUCUUUGGCAGCUUGGCCACAAGGAGCACGCCAAAGAGGCUUGGGAGCGUGCACUUCAACUGAACGAGAACUCGAAAGCCGCAAACGUGCUGCUUGGAUUAUACCAUCUCCAGCAGACCAGCCAGUACCACCCGAACGACCCCGAAUUCCGCUCUUUAUAUCAAAAAGCCAUGACGACCUAUACCCAAACAGCAUUCAAGCUGGAUGACAAGCAACCGCUAACCUGCGUCACUUUUGGUGGGUACUUCCUCCUGCGCAAGACGUGGACCAAUGUCGAGCGGUUGGCCAGGAGGGCUCAAGACUACACCGACGUCAGCGCUGUGGCCAGUGAUGCUUGGUACCUGCUUGCGAGGAAGGAGCACAACGACGACAACCUAGGUGGUGCCGCAGACUUCUAUGGCAGAUCGGACCAAGCCCGAGGCAAUGGCGAUCCCGGAUAUGUGCCUGCAAAGUUCGGCAUUGCGCAGAUCAAGACACUGCAGCAAGAUUUUGACGGUGCCAAGUUCCAGCUCGAGAAGAUGCUCAGCACGAACAAGAGCGUGGAGGUGAUGACUUUGCUGGGAGUCUUGCACGCAGAGGACGUCUUCACAAGCCAAGCUGCGGGAUCGAAGGAGGACAAGACUGACGCCCGAAAGAAGGCCAUGGGACUCCUUGAGCAAGUUCGAGUGGCGUGGAAGGACUCAAAGAAGAAGAUCCAACCCGACUCUGCCGUCUUGCUCAAUCUGGCCCGAUUGUACGAGCUUGACCAGCCGGACAAGGCAUUGACCUGUCUCCAGCAAGUCGAGCAGAUGGAGCUUGACGAAAUCUCCGACGACGAUCUGCCGGAGGAUAUUGAAGACGACGAAGUUGCGAAGAGAGAUGGGAAGCGCAACAUGCUGAGCCCACAACUCCUGAACAACAUCGCAUGCUUCUUCUUCCAGGCCGAGAAGCUGCCUCAGAGUCGAGAAUACUUCCAGUCGGCCCUCAGAUCAAGUGUCUCGAUACAGGACAAGGACGGCUCGAAUGACACUGACGCCUUGGUAUCGACCAUCAGCUACAACCUGGCGAGGACGUACGAAGCUGAGGGUCUGGAGAAGGAAGCCGAGGAGAUCUACAACGGUCUUCUGGCACGACACCCAGACUAUGUCGACGCCAACACUCGCCGUGCCUACAUCGCGCUCCAGACCAAUCCUGCCGAGGGCGCCGAGAAGGUCAAGCAGCUACUGGACGCCGAUCCGAGUAACCUGGAGAUUCGGGCCUUGUACGGAUGGUGCCUCAACAAGACCAAGAAGAAGACGCUUGUAAUCGCAGAAGAUCAAGAGCAGAGACAUUACAAGCACACCCUCAUGUCGUACGACAAGCACGACAUCUACUCGCUGACAGGAAUGGGCAACCUGAACCUGACUGUUGCGAGAGACAUCCCGAAGAAGACGGAUCAGCACAAAGAGCGUGCCGCCAAGGCGUACAUGCGUGCCGUGGAGUUCUUCGACAAGGUGCUGACGCUGGACCCGAAGAACGCGUUCGCUGCGCAGGGUAUGGCGAUUGCGUUGGUCGAGGACAAGAAGGAUGCCAGCACUGGUAUCCAGAUUCUCUCCAAAGUACGCGAGAGCAUCAAAGAUGCUUCCGUAUACAUCAACCUCGGCCAUGUCUUCUGUGAGAUGAAGCAGUUCAGCCGCUCUAUCGAAAACUACGAGCUGGCCCUGCAGAGGUCUCGAGACAAGGAUCCCAUGAUCAUUUGCUGGCUGGCUCGUGCAUGGUUCAAUCGCGCGAGGGCCGAGAAGAAUAUCGAGUACUUCAAGACCAGUCUCGAUCUUUCUCGACAAGCAUUGGAGCAGUCUCCGGACAAUGUCGACUUCCAAUGGAACGUGGCAUAUGUGCAGAGUCAGCUGGCUCAACAGAUGAUCUCACAACCUGAGAUGAACAAGCAGCUGGCCGAUGUCGAGACUGCGAUGCAAGACCUGCUCGCAUCCAAUAAGUCGUUCUUGGAAAUCGCGAAGAAGCCCAACGCGCCAUACUUUCCCGCAGAAAUCGAGCAGCGUGCAGCCAUGGGCAAUACCAUGCAGCGACAGCUCGAUGCGGCGAUCAAGAAGCAGGCCGAGUAUGAGCUUAAGCACAAGACUCGACUCGAUGAAGCUCGCAAGCGUCGCGAGGAGGAGUUCCAGAAGCGGGAAGAAGAGAAGCGACUCGCAGAAGAGAAGGCUGAAGAGGAGAAGCGCAAGGUCAGGGAGGAGCGCGAGCGAAUGAUGGAGGAGGAUCGGCAACUCAUCGCUCGCCGACUCGAGGAGGACAAGGCGCGAGAAGAGGCCGAGUAUACCACCGACCCAGACACCGGCGAGCGCAAGAAGCGUGAGCGGAAGCCCAAGGAGAAGCGCCAAAAGCGCAAGAAGAAGGGCGAGGACACCGAUACCGACGGUGUUGAUGGAACAGGCGACGAAGGCGCCAAGCGAAGCCGGCCGCGAUCGAGAAACGCCAGCGCUCCAGACAGUGAUGGCGAGGCUCCCCCCCGCAAGAAGAAAAGACGACUGGAGCGCAAGGGCCAAGCCAUCAAGAGCUCCAAGUACAAGUCGGCGGAGACUAUCGAAGACUCGGAUGAGGACGACGACGCGGGCAUCCAACCCGCCGCUCGCUCAGACGACGUCGAGACUCCUGGCGCCACGAGCUCCCCAGCCCCAGACGCCGACGACACCAUGGCAGAUGAAGGUGACGAGGACGAAGAGCAGGUGGCCCGUCCCUCGCAGCGGAAGAAGCCAGCGAGGAUUCUGGACGACGACGAGGAGGACGAGGAGGACGCUGCGAUGCCUGAUGAGGCUGGCGCGGGCGUGGCGGGCGAGUCUGAUCACGGGGGCGAUUGA